AUGGUGCGACUCGUGCAAGGGGACAGAAGGGAAGGAGCGGGCACAGCUGCUGCUUGUCCAGAGGGAGCUGACGAACAGAACCACAUCGGUGCCGGCGUGCGGUACAACGCGCAGAAACGCAAGACGGGCAACUACUACAGCACGCCAAUCUUUGCCUUCCUGUGCAAAUGCCAUCUCUGCUCCGCGCCCUUCGAGAUCGCGACCGAUCCCCAGAACGCAGCCUAUGUCAUCAACUUUGGUCUGACGCGGAAGGCGGAGGAGUGGGACAGCGCCGAGUCAGGCGGAUGGGGCGUGUUCGACACGGAUGACCUGAACAAGGACCGCGGCGGGCUGGAUGAGCAGGCUGGGCUCAAGGCGACAGUGGACGGGGACGCGUUCGCGGCGCUCGAGAAGGGCGAAACGCAGCGAGACGCCACUCUUUCUCGGCAGGCACGGCUGGACGAGCUCGAGGGUGCGAGCGAGCGGAUCGCGGGAGAUCCGUACGAGGUCAACGCCCGUCUGAGGAAAAGGCUCAGGGCCGAGAAGGCCGAGAUGCUCAGGGGACAGAAGGCGGACGACGCGACGAGGGAGAAGUUCGGGCUCAAUGAUGAUGUGCACCUCGGUCCAGCGAGGGAGGGGGACGGGGAGCUGUACAAGGAGGUCGUGAAGGCUCAAGGACCAGGAUGGAGUAGGGAGACGGCGGGCAAGGAAGCGCUCGCGCAGCGAGUACGCAACAAUACCGCGAGGAAGAUGGACGCCUUCGAGACGCAUACCCCACGUAUUCGGCUACGGAGGGCGAAGACCCCGCCCCCGAAGAGUUCACCACCGAAGGACCCGCCGGCAGCGAAUAAGUCGACCGGACUCGGCGGACUCGCGGCUUACGGCUCAGAUUCGGAAUCAAACUCGGACUAG